CGCUUUGUUUUCAUUGGUAAGAAAAAUGGCUACUGAUACGGUUAGAGAGAAAUCGCUUCAUGAUUACCGAAAAAAACUCCUUGAGCACAAGGAGGUGGAGAGCCGCCUUAAAGAAAUGCGAGAGCAGCUGAAAGAACUGACGAAGCAGUAUGACAAGUCUGAGAAUGAUCUGAAGGCUCUGCAGAGUGUUGGACAGAUUGUUGGAGAAGUUUUGAAGCAGCUGACAGAAGAAAAGUUCAUCGUGAAGGCGACCAACGGCCCCCGCUACGUGGUGGGGUGCCGGCGGCAGCUGGACAAGGCCAAGCUGAAGUCCGGGACGCGGGUGGCGCUCGACAUGACCACGCUCACCAUCAUGCGGUACCUGCCGCGCGAGGUCGACCCCUUGGUGUACAACAUGUCGCACGAGGACCCGGGCGACGUCACCUACUCUGCCAUCGGGGGCCUGAGCGAGCAGAUCCGGGAGCUGCGCGAGGUGAUCGAGCUGCCGCUGUUGAACCCGGAGCUGUUCCAGCGGGUGGGCAUCACGCCGCCCAAGGGCUGCCUGCUGUACGGGCCGCCGGGCACGGGCAAGACCCUGCUGGCCCGGGCCGUGGCCAGCCAGCUGGACGCCAACUUCCUCAAGGUCGUUUCGAGUGCCAUAGUAGACAAGUACAUCGGUGAAAGCGCCCGACUCAUACGAGAGAUGUUCAACUACGCACGGGACCACCAGCCCUGCAUAAUAUUUAUGGAUGAAAUAGAUGCCAUUGGCGGGCGGCGGUUUUCGGAGGGAACAUCGGCGGAUCGUGAGAUCCAACGCACACUCAUGGAACUCUUGAACCAGAUGGAUGGAUUCGACUCACUGGGACAGGUGAAGAUGAUAAUGGCCACGAACCGACCGGACACGCUGGACCCGGCCCUGUUGCGCCCGGGUCGUCUGGACCGCAAGAUAGAGAUCCCCCUCCCUAAUGAGCAGGCGCGGCUAGAGAUCCUCAAGAUCCACGCCGGUCCCAUCGCCAAGCACGGGGAGAUAGAUUACGAAGCGGUGGUGAAGCUCUCGGACGGCUUCAACGGCGCGGACCUGCGCAACGUGUGCACGGAGGCGGGUCUGUUCGCCAUCCGGGCGGAGCGGGAGUACGUCAUACAGGAGGACUUCAUGAAGGCUGUGCGCAAGGUCGCGGACAACAAGAAGCUCGAAUCGAAGCUGGAUUACAAGCCUGUGUAGCGCGGCAUUCGUCGUGUUUCGUGUUUGUGUUGAUUUUCCGUUCGUACUAAAAUUUACGCAAGAAAAAUAAAUUUUUCUCUAACUUAA